AUGGACGCUACCUCCCAAACCCUAACGAAGCUUUCCGACAUCAGUAAGCACCGAUUAAAUGUCGACGAAUUUAACGACGUAAAAGAGCAAGAGUAUGACACGGAGGCUUGGGAAACACUUUCCAAGUGUUUCCGAGAGGUUCAAUCUGUUCUAGAUCGGAAUCGAAUUCUUAUUCAACAGGUGAACGAAAAUCAUCAAUCGAUGCUUCCAUAUAAUCUGGUGAAGAACGUAGCUCUUAUUCGAGAUAUUAAUCAUAAUAUCUCCAAAAUUUCCUGCCUUUACUCUGAUCUCUCUGUAAAUUUCUGCAAUAUCGUACAUCAGCGACGAGCACUGGAUUCGAUGGAAUCUAAGAAUUACAACGGCAAAGCGGAGAGGCGCUGA